AAAACUAUUAUUAUCAUUGCGUACAGAUCAAGAAACAGAGCUUUGCUUUCGUUGAAGCUAAGUGUAGAAUUCAACGGUUUUCAUGAAUUUAAGGAACAUAAAUGUAGCAUGCAACUAAAACCAUUGACACAGUCACAGUUUAGUACCCCCUUAGUUCUGGUUCUUAUAAAUCAAAUUCAAAACACCCAACAAAAAAUCAACCUUAGUCCACCACGUACAAUGACCAUGUCUCGCAGCAUUGUGGGUGGUAUAAUCCUAGUAGUACUGUCAUUGAUGUCUCGGGUUUUUGUAGCUGAAGCGACAGAAGUACUGCUUCCUGCUGAUGCUGCUUCCACCGUUUGUGAACGCAUUUUUGAGUACUUCACUAAUUGCUUGCAGUUUCUGAUAGGAGAUUCGAGUUAUGGUAGACACAUGCGAAGAUGCUGCCAACAUGUGGACAAGCUCAACAUAUUAGCCAAACACAGGAUAGGACCAGGGACAGUUUGCUGGUGCAUUCAGGUCAUGGUGAAAGGGACAACACCAGCAUUGCAAUCUUCCAAAAUACGUGAUCUUCCUCAUGUUUGCAACACCACUCUCAGUUUUCCCAUCUCUGAUAGCAUGGAUUGCUCCAAAGUCCAUCGAAAUCAAAUAUAUUAUGAUGAUGAUGAUGUGCAGAAUGGCAUUGCCAAUGGACACUGAUGAAAGUCCAUCGAAAUCAAAUAUAUUAUGAUGAUGAUGAUGUGCAGAAUGGCAUUGCCAAUGGACACUGAUGAAGUAAAUAAGCUUUUUGUUUCUGGGUGGAUAUGGAAGUUCCUGAAAUAUACAUCUUCAUUAGUCAAUGGUUAUCAAAUGAUAAUAUACUUCUUUUUUGGGGCCUUAAAGUAGAACUGAAUGUCAAUGUCAAGUUGAAAUGAUAUAUCAGUUCUUGUUUGCUGUGUCA